AUCAGUGAUGGAAGUUCAAAAAUAAAAACGACCAAACUCCACAUAUCCAAUAUCAAAAGCAAAAUAUUUCUGUUUAAAAACUGUGAAACAAUUUGAGGAAUACUUUUUUUCCAAGGUAAAACAUGGCAGUCUCAGGAAAGAGAGCAUCAAAACAAUUUUCUUCAUCAACAACAUCCAUGGCAUCAGAUGAAGAUCUUCAAAUUUACUGUCAACCUUGUGACGAGGAAGGAACUAGAUGCCCUGCCGAUGGUUACUGCGCUGACUGCAAGGAACACCUUUGCAACACAUGCUUUAGAGCUCAUAGGAUAAACAAGUUUACCAAAAAGCAUACACUUCUGGAUGCAACAAGUAUGCCUAAAGUUUUGCAGCAACCCUCAACAUCCCUCCACACAGGCCUGUCGGAUGACUUGACCUUGCCAUGUGGUAAACAUCCAAAAGAAAUUAUCAAGUUCUACUGCAAUGAUCAUACAGAAUUUCUCUGCAGUGUUUGUGUUACCCUUGAUCAUCAAGCUUCAUCCUGCAAAGUCAACUAUAUACCAGACAUUUCUGGUGAUAUAAUAGACAGCAAAGAAUAUCAAUUUAUCUUGAAUGCAUUAAAUACCACUUCUGACAAAUUUCAACAGAUAUUAAAAGAUGUCAAGAACAUGACACACAAAUCAAACAGCUCUCUCAAAGAUGUCAUAGGAGAAAUUAAAAAGUUUCGGCAAGAAAUCAACCAAAGACUAGAUGAACUUGAAAGACAGGCUGAAAAUGAAGCUAAAGUCAUAGAACAAGAAAACAACAAACAUCUACAAGCAGUAGAAACAGCAUGUGAAGAUAUAACCAAAUCUUUGAAGAAAUCAUCAGACAAAGUCAAACAGCUCAACAGAUCAAAACAAGCUGACAAACUCUUCAUUGAUUUGAAACUUGCGGAGAAAACAUAAAAGAUAUGGAGGGAAAACUACUAAAACUCUCAUCGAAUGAUAUCAAAGAGCACAACUUUCAAUCAAAUGAUGUAAUGUUAAAUUUGUUUAAAACAGAGAAGUCACUGGGUACACUGACACAGAUAACUUUAAAUACAGAAUGUCAACCUGAACAAAUAAAGUGUAGACAAUCUUCACAUGAGGGAAAUAUCUGUGCGAAGACAUCAAAAGAUAAAUGCAGUAGCUGGAUAACAGGGAUUACUCUGCUGACUCCCGAUCUUCUUGUCAUCACUGACUACUAUAACCAUGCUGUUAAGAUGGUGGAUACCAGCAGUCAAUCUGUGUCUGAUCAACUACAACUAGAUGAUAAACCAUGGGAUAUCACCACAGUAACCAGUACUAAACUUGCUGUCACACUUCCUGACAUAGAUACAAUACAAUUUAUAUCAAUCUCAUCAAACAAACUCAUAAAGAAGCACACUGUGAAGGUUGAUGGAGACUGUCGUGGUAU